ACAACCUUAAGUAAACAUUAAAUCCAGCUAUGCAGACCUGAUCGUGAACUCUUGUAUGCAGGAGUUCCAGGCACUCGGCAUGAAAACAACCUGAGUGACAUCCCCAGCUCCAGUGCAGACCAGGCAACUCCCGACACAAGUCACCGUGCUUGGAAAAGUUACUCCUUCAUUUAGCAAGAUUUCAGAUGCUUUGUACUUGAUUUGCCUUUUUUUGCCAGCACAAUGAAGGAAAUGUCCUGCUUCUGCUUGACUUUUUCUUCCUUGUUGGAACAGAUGGUGAAGGUUUACAAAUACGUGACUGGUAUUUUUUCAGUGACUCAUAGCUCAGAGUCACAGGUUUCAGAAGGUGACAAGAAGCUCACCAAGAUGGAUGUAAGCAUACUUGAAGAGCAGUAUGACCAUAUAAAACAGAAGCAAAAACUGCAACACAUUAUUGUAUAUAAAACAGGUGGACAUGAAUGUGUUCUGCCAGAAUCAAUGGUCAACCCUGUUCUAAUUAAUAAGAAAGUUAAAAGAUCGAAGUCAUAUAGAGGAGAUGUUCCUGUCAGAAAGGUUACACUGGACACAAUCAACAGUGGCAACUCAGAAGACGACUUGCUAUGGCGCAUCCACCUGGGAACUCACUGCCUGGGGCAGGCCCCUGGACAAGGAGAUUCCUGGGAUCUUUCCCAUGGCAACACCACACCAUGGAGUUUUGACAACCAGAGACUGAUUUCAAUGGGAAAUGGCACACCACAGACCAUGGAAUCAGCAGGAGCAAGUGAACUGUCUCAGCUCAGGCAAUUGGGAAGCUCAAGUGUGUUGAACAGUCUCAGCAAAGAGAACAGCUGCAACAUUUCAAGCUCCUGCCAAAAGCCUCCUCUGAAAUCAGCCACUGCAGCACUUUGGGCACAUCAGCAGAUUGCUGCUAUAAAAUGCACACCAGCCUGCAACAAACUGAACUUUUACCCUUUCCCAAACAGGAAAGGGCCCAGAAUUUCUGAAGCAGCAAGGAGGCUUGGUUUAUAUGUCUCACAAUGAAGAUGUUCAGUAAUACCUAAAAGUCAGUCAGAAACUUGACUAAAGCUUAAAAUAGCAAAAUAGUCUUUCUAGUUACACAGAUCAACCUGCUGAGGAUCUACUACUUUUAUUAACCACAGAAGAUUUUGACAAUAUAAUCUUCAAUCUCUUCAUAAUUGUCAACAUAUUAUUUCAUUAUUCACUUUCAAGAUAUUCAAAAUAAUUUCUGAUGUAUUUUUUAAGUCAAUUAAUAAAAUCUCUGCUCAUUUCUA